AUGGCAAGAACCAAAAAUACCAGAAGAGGGAAAAAGAAACCACAAACAGUCGCCGAAAACCAAGAACAGGAGUCCGAGCAAGUUUUGAGCGAACAGAAGGAGGCGAAUGAUAAGCAGACAAAUGCUGAUGAUCCUGGCGAGCUAGAAAAAUUAAUUGACCAAGCCGAACGUCUCUUGAUCACCUCGGAUUUCGAACAAGCAAAACAACUCUGUCAGCAAGCCUUGGACGCCCAAAAUACUCACUUGAGAGCUUUGGAAACGUUGGCCCUGAGUGAACUAGAAUUGGGUGAAAUCAAAUCGGCUAGAAAAAUAUUUCAAAAAUGUUUGAACCAUUCCAAAUCGAAUCCACCACCUACGGUUCAUUUAUAUCUCGCCCAACUCUCAAAUUCACCUCAAGAGGCCCUGGGCCAUUUCAAAAAAGCGCUCGACUUGUUGAAAAAUAAAUUAAAUCAAAUCCUACUAGCUAAAACCAACGAGGAACUUGCUCAGUCGAAUAAUGAUACCAUUCAAAAAACUACCACCCAACAUACUAAUCAAUCUAAUACAGUUCAGUGGUCGAUCGACGAAUCUCAAAUUCGGAGAAGUUGUAGUAGGGCUUUAGUUGGGAUGACCGAGAUUUAUUUGACUGAUCUAUGUUUUGAUCCUUCAGCAGAGGAGAAAUGUCUAGAAUAUUUAGCGAUGGCGUCCUCGAUAGAUCCGACCGAUCCAGAGCCACUUCAAACGCUUGCAUCAGUGAGAUUAUCGCAAUCAGAGACGAAUUUAGCGAAAGAGGCAUUACUAUUAUCAUGGUCGUUAUGGCGAGAUAAAGUUCCGAUACCCAAACGAUCAUUGAGCGGACGAUAUUAUCAAGCAAAUGAGGAAUGUAUGGUAGACGAUGAAGAAGAACAAGGAGAAGAUGAAAAUGAGAACGAGGAGGGGGACGAGGAGGCAGAUCGAACGAUGGAUUCAAUCGACUCCAAGAUGAUCAUAGCCGAAGAAGCUUUGAUAGAGGAAGAACAAGAGGAAGAGCACGAUGGGGAGAUCGUUCUACCGCCGAUCGACAGCCGAAUCCAAUGGGCUAAACUGGCGAUCGAAUGUGAGAUCUGGAACUCAGCAAUCGAAGUCCUCCACCAAUGCGAAGCCGAAAACGAUGAGGAUGGUGAAGUCGAGUACUUACUGGCUGUCAGUUGGUUCUUGCUCGGUCAAUCUCGACCUGCUAUCUCUAAUCCCGACCAGUCUACUUCUACCAUUGUCGAGCCCAAGGUCGGCAAUCCAUUCUCUGAUUUCGCUGUUGGCGAUGGACUUGGACGAUUGGAGUGUUGGCUGGAAGCUAAAGAAUGUAUCGAAACCUGUUUACAAUUACAUGAAAGAUUAGGUGAAGAUAGCGGAAUCGAUGAAAGUAUUCUGAAACAUCUCAACGAAUUGAAGCUGGAAUUGGCCAAUGGUGGACUGCCAAUUCAAAGCACUAAUGGGGAAGAGAAGGAAGCAGAAGAAUUGAAUGAAGACGAGAUUAAUGAUGCUGAUUGGGUCGAUGCUAGUGACAUUGAAAUGGGUUGA